AUGGUUUCUUUCCUUGAUAGAAUUCACAUCGAUCCCACAGCCUAGCUUGUUUACACUUUGUAUUCUGUGCUAUAUCUGAGUUAUGGGUUUAACCCGAGAUAGCUGCCAUCUGUUUUUAGUUUUAAUACUUGUGCCGUCAGUGUGCUAUAGUCAAGACUCUUUUGUCUCCUCCAGAGCAACUUAUUAUGGCAGCCUUGAAUAUUUAGGGACUCCAACCGGUGCUUGUGGUUAUAAAGAGUAUGGAAGCAUCAUCAAUGGUGGUGAGGUUACUGCCGUCUCUUAUAAGCUCUUCAAAGAUGGUGCUGGUUGUGGAGCAUGUUAUCAGGUUAGGUGCAAGUAUCCUCCACACUGCAAUGAAGACGGAACUAGAGUGGUGGCAACAGACCAUGGUGAAGGAGACAACACAGACUUCAUCUUGAGUACUCGUGCCUAUAAUAAACUUGCUCUUCCUGGACAAGCUGAAAUACUAUUUUCAUAUGGCGUAGUUGACGUGGAAUACAAAAGGAUUCCAUGUCAGUAUCCAGGGUAUAAUCUCGUGUUCAAAGUUCAUGAACACAGUAAUUACCCAAAGUACCUUGCACUCAUCGCUAUAUAUCAAGGAGGUGUAAGCGAAAUCACAAGGGUCGAAUUAUGGCAAGAAGAUUGCAAGGAAUGGAGGUGUAUGAGAAGGGCGUAUGGAGCAGUAUGGGACAUGCAAAACCCACCCGAGGGAGCUAUAGACUUGCGAUUCCAAGUGAGUGGUUCAAAGUGGAUACAACUCAAGAGUUUGAUUCCUAGUGACUGGAAGGUGGGAGCUACUUACAACACUGCUGUUCAGCUAGAUUAAAACGUACUGAAGAUCCAUCAUCAUCAAUAUAUCAUCACACGUGUGUGUGUGUGUGUGUAUAUAUAUAUAUACAUAUGUGUAGCAAAUCUAGCCAAUAACAUAUGUUAUGCUUUUGUUAAGUAUAUGGUUAAUCUAUGUUGUUUUCGAGUCCUGAAUUGAAUAAAUAAUAAAAGUUGUUAUUUGGGAA